UGCAUUUUUAGAGACAAGUCUUAUCUGUCUAUCUGUUAUUUAUUUUUUGGAGAAAAAAAAACAUUAAACAAAAUUUGUAAUGGGUUUGCUGGAUAAUAUAACGAGAUGGUUCACAUCUGAAACGUCGAGAAACAAAAAUUCUGCCCUGGCGGCAGGAUUACUGUUCUUCACGGGGUGGUGGAUAUUAAUCGAUGCGAUGGCCGGAGAUUCCCACUAUCAAAUAACGACAGGACAUGUAUUUAUUGGCAUCUUUGGCACCAUCAGCUUCUGCAUGAUAAACACGGUCAAAGGCGAACAUAUAUCUGAUGAUAACUCAUCAGAGUCGGGCGCGAGGAUUGCCAAAAUAUGGUUGCUCAUUGGCUUUGUGAUGGGAUUCGCGUCAAUUAUUGCCGCCAUUUGGGUAAUGGUUGAUGACUUUGUUAACAAUGAGAAAAAGGACACAAGCUUGGGCGUCGCGUUGCUGCUACAAAAUGUCUUCAUACUGUUUGGCAGCCUGGUGUAUAAGUUUGGCCGCAACGAAGAGGAUUGGAAUGAGUGAAGCGUCAGGAUUGGGACGUGCUGCUUUUAGAAAAAAAAACAUAAUAUACACACACAUAAUUGUAUUUCAUGUAGACUACUCCAAGAAUUGGAAGCUACGCGCUUCGUCAUUGCAAUAUGCGUUUAGAAACAAACAAACAAACAAAUAAUCUCAUAUUAAUAUUAAACG